GACAAAGUAAGAGACUAAGAGCAUCAGCGGAUGGCUAAUCCAUACAUUGCACUGCUGAAACUCACCAUCAUCUUCAUUGUCAUUGCUUCAGCACCUGAACUAUGUGGAAGCAGCAAGACUUUCACUCUAGUAAAUUACUGCAAGGAGACAAUAUGGCCCGGCAUAACGCGCAGCGACAACCACAGUGGUGGCGGCUUCACAUUGAAACCAGGGCAAUCAACAGAAUACACUGCUCCUGAUGGAUGGAGUGGGAGGAUAUGGGCCAGAACAGGCUGCAGCUUUGAUAACAGUGGCAAUGGCAAGUGCCAAACAGGUGGUUGUGGCACAAGCAUAAACUGCACUGGCCCUGGAAGCCCUCCUGCAACAAGUGCUGACUUUAGCCUUGGUGAAAUUGAUUACUAUGAUGUUAGCCUUGUGGAUGGCUUCAACUUGCCUAUUGUAGUGAAGCCUAUGAAUGGCACAGGGAACUGCAGCAUUGCUGGCUGUGAUGGAGAUUUGAGGCAGAAUUGCCCCUCAGAGCUAGCUUCAAAGGAAAAUGACAAAGUUAUUGCUUGCCGUAGCGCGUGUGGCGUCUUCAACACUGAUGAGUAUUGCUGCAGAGGGACUUAUGGAAACCCUGCAACAUGUUUGCCUUCAAACUACUCCAAAAUCUUUAAACAAGUGUGUCCUGUGGCAUAUAGUUUUGCACUUGAUGACCCAACAAGUUUAAUAACUUGCUCAAAAGCAGACUUUGUUGUGAUAUUCUGUGGAUCAAGGAAUCAGACAGCAUGCUCCUAUCAAGACAAGAAAGUUGUAUGUAAUGGAUCAAAAUCAAAUGCUUAUAAAACCAUUCCUCAGAGCUGGUGGGUCCUGAUGCUCCCAAUUAUAUACAUGCUCAAUUUAAGGAUCACAUCUUAGCCAAUUGUGCAAUUGAAGGUCUUCUCUUUGUUACAAUCAAUUAGUUCAUUUUAACAUUUUUUUGGUUCAUUGAUUUUCUUUGAGCUAAACACAAACAGAGAAGAUGCUUCUAAAUGAAUUUUAUUUUAUCUAAACACAUGAGGAUGUCCUCCAGCAUUAACACGUGAUGUAAAGAAUUUUCUACAUUGUAAAGUUCAAAUUUUAUCUAUUUUUAUUUUCCAAUCUAAGCUAAGACUCAUACAAUAAG